AUGAAGUUUUCUCACAGCAUCCAGUUCAACUCUGUUCCGGACUGGAGUGCGUAUUAUAUCGCCUAUAGCAAUCUAAAAAAACUGAUAUAUUCGCUGGAACAGCAGGCCCAUCGAGUGAAUGAACAUGGGAAUGACGUCGAGUCCGCGCCUUUGCUUGACGAUACACCAAGUGCCGAUAAAAUAUUUCUGCAGGCUCUCGAUGCCGAGUUGGAUAAGAUACGCUCUUUCUACCGUGCGAAAGAGUUGGAUAUAUUCACGGAGGUUGACGAUGUUAUGAGAGAUGCGGAGGAAUACUCAGCAAAGGCAGACGGGGCCAACAUGAACCCGAUGCACGAUGGCAUGGCCAAAGGGAGAAGGAUGAGUACGGGAUCCGGACAAGAUCAGCCAGCGGACUUUGGCUUUGAUCAUGAAAGACGCCAGAGCACGACCAGUGAGCCGGCGGCUGACAACGAUGACGAGGAUAGCGAUGACGACGCUGCGCGCCCAUCAUUAGGCCAGUCACACAGCGCCCACUUCGAUGAUGACCGUGCCGAUGAUAUGAGAAGUUCAAUCUGGACAGAGUCUAGGUACGGCCUUAACAGUCAGACGUUUAACAGGCGCGGGACCCAGCCCGAUCAGUUCACCACCGACCCAACUCUGCUAGAUCUCUACAACUCAGCAGCUUCCCUGAAGAAACGGAUCGUUGCUGUUUAUGUUUCUCUCUGUGGAUUGAAGUCGUAUAUCCAGUUGAAUAAGACUGGAUUCUCCAAGGCCUUGAAAAAGUACGACAAGACCAUUGAUCGUAGUCUGCGGCGGGAGUACAUGGCAUCCGCCGUAUCUUCGGCCUACCCUUUCCUAAACUCGACUAUGGAAAAAGUCGAGGGAUUUAUCAACCAGAUCGAGACUCUAUAUGCGGAUUUAACUACAAAUGGCGACCUGUCUCUGGCCAAGCGCGAGCUUCGCUUGCACCUUAGGGAGCACGUCGUAUGGGAGAGGAACACUGUGUGGAGAGAAAUGAUUGGCAUUGAAAGGAAAGCCCAGGCUGCCAAUGUUGGUAUUCGUCGGACGCUCCUAGGAGGAGACGAGGAUCCUGCCGAGGCGCGCCGACAGGGUGAUGAGCAGGUAGCCCCGAGCAGGGAAUUCCGGACACCAUGUGGAGUGAUCAGUGCGCCAACAUGGCUCUGGAGCGCAAACUUUGCAACUCUUGUUGUGGUGUUAGUUGUAUUCGCAGUGCUGCUUUCGGUGCCGAUCAUGCAGAAGCCAGAACAACAAAACUGUUUGGCGAUGCUCAUUUUCGUGAGCUUACUAUGGGCCACCGAGGUUAUCCCGCUUUUCGUAACUUCGUUGCUUGUCCCGUUCCUUGUCGUGCUGCUCGGCAUCAUGAAAUCAGACGAGAAGCCGUAUAAGCGCCUGGGGCCGAAAGAGGCUACUACUGUUGCCUUUGGCUCUAUGUGGACCCCUGUUAUCAUGCUGCUUUUGGGCGGUUUCACCAUAGCCGCAGCGUUAUCCAAGCAUGACAUUGCGCGACGUAUGGCGAUGUUUGUAUUGAGUAAAGCCGGGUCUAACCACCGUGUUGUGCUGCUCACCAACAUGUUUGUGAGCAUGUUCCUCAGCAUGUGGAUUAGCAACGUAGCCUCCCCGGUUCUCUGCUAUUCAAUUAUUCAGCCUCUGUUGCGCAACCUUCCGCCGGAUUCUAAAUUUGCCAAGGCGUUGGUUCUAGGCAUUGCGCUGGCUGCUAAUGUCGGUGGUGCAGCGUCCCCAAUUGCCUCUCCGCAGAACAUCAUCGCUCUCCAGAACAUGUAUCCCAACAUCAGCUGGGGUACUUGGUUUUUCAUCUCGUUGCCUGUCUGUAUUAUCUCGAUUCUGUUAAUCUGGGUGCUUCUACUGGUUACCUUCCGUCCAGGCCGGGAUACUACGAUUGUGCCCAUUAAGCCAGUGAAAGAUAACUUCAGCGGCCUCCAAUACUUUAUUAGUAUUGUCACUCUAACGACAAUUGCCUUAUGGUGUGGCAGCCAUCAGCUCGAGCAUGUGUUUGGCGAUAUGGGUGUGAUUGCGAUCAUCCCAAUUGUGCUAUUUUUCGGGACCGGAAUUCUGAACAAGGAGGAUUUCAACAAUUUCCUAUGGACAAUCAUCAUUCUCGCCGCUGGCGGGCUUUGCCUCGGCAAGGCAGUGACGUCUUCGGGGCUGCUACAAACUAUGGCAGAAGGCAUCCGGGAGCGGGUAGAAGAUUUCAGUCUCUACGGAGUACUGAUUGUAUUUUCGACACUGAUUCUCGUCGUUGCGACGUUCAUUUCUCACACUGUCGCAGCCUUGAUCAUGCUCCCCCUCGUACGACAGAUUGGCGUCAGUAUGGACGACCCACACCCCAAUCUGCUGGUGAUGGCUAGCGCAUUGAUGUGCUCAGUGGCCAUGGCUCUGCCGACCAGUGGAUUCCCAAAUAUGACCGCCAUUAUGACGGAGGUGCCGCAGACUGGCCAGCGCUAUUUGCGAGUGCGACACUUCUUCACGCGGGGUAUCCCUGCCAGUCUGAUGUCAUGGGCAGUGGUCGUUACAAUUGGUUAUGGACUGAUGCGUGUUGCCGGAUUAUAG